AUGGAAGAAAUGUCUUCAUCGGCUGUUGGAGAAAAUAGUGUCGAGGAAGACUCCGAACAGCUGAAUGAAAGUAAUAAGAAGGAAAAUGCUGUUGUGGAAAAUAAAUGUGACGAAGUAAAAGAAGAAACCGUCUUACCCCAGGCUAAUGAAACUGCGGAAAAUACAGAUUCUCCAGAAAAUAAAAAGGAUGGCGAAAAGGAUGAAAAAAGUGAAAUUGAAACAAAAUCGAGGAAAUCAAUGCGAAGAUUACAAGUCCUCGAUGAAUCAGUAAUAUUAAAAGGCAAAAGGGAACGUCAUGCUGUUGUUAGGACAGUUGCAGCAGUAACUCCGAAGAAAACUACUAAUGAGCCAUCUGGUUCUGGAACGCCUUUAGGAGAAAUCGAAUACGUCAAACAAUCUAUGUCAAAAGUAAAUUCGGAUCAGCCCAUAAUAUGGUUGCAUAAAUUGUGUUAUGGGGGACCUGGAUCUGCAACAACUCGAAGGAGAGAUAUUCGUAAAUUCAAUGGAUUUUCAUUUGAUUUAAUUGCUCCAGAAUUUGACAGAAAAAAAGCUUUGGCGAUGAAAUGCAAGAAUAGCGAACUUCAUGUCAUUCGUCGAAUUCUUGGUACUGAUCAUGGUCUUAAUAAGGAAGAAAUGGUUUUAAAUAUCCUUCGUUUCCUUGUGAAACCAUAUGAUUCUGGUAAAAAACUGCCAAUAAUAUCCCGCAGGAAAUCUUCAAGCCAUAAGGGUUCGAAAAAAUCCCAAUCUUCAUCGAAAGUUGUGAAAAAGCGUGCAAGAAAAUCAAAUAAAACUGCAAAAGGCGAUUAUGAAGGUGCAAAGAAGGAUAGCAGUACCGAUUUUGAUAAUGAUGGUGAAAAAUACGGAGAUAAGGAUUCAUCGACCGAUAAUGAAAAUGAUUCAGAUAAAACGAAUGCAAAGGAUAGAGGUGCUGAGAGAAAAUCUAUGAAACGAAAGGCUAGAUGGGGAAAAGAUGGCCCAACUGAUGACGAAGUGAAUGAAGCGAUCAAUUCUACAUUAAAAUCUGUCAGUCUUGUUGAGUGUACAAUGAAGCAGAUGUGUAUCAGGUUCUAUAUUCUUCCUGUUAUUGAUUUUUGGGAUUCAUUUUAUCCUAAUUCGUUAGCUAAAUUGUCGUGGUUGUCUGGUAUUGUUGCUUUAAUUUGCGUUGAACAUCGUUGGUUCUGGCAGAGUCAUGGGAUCGGAAUGGUGCCGAUAGGUCAACUUUUGGCUCCAAAAAUUUCUAAUUGUGCCAAUGGAGAUUUAGCCAAAGCUGUAGAUUCUUCUCGUUCUUUCAAAGUUUUUAAACUGCAAAAUGCCCCACCAGGCAUCAAUGUACUUUGCAGUUUUUUCCAUUAG